UGCGGCAUAUGCGUAAGUAACGAAACACGAAGCGGCCCUGGAAGACUUGACAAAAGCUGCCCCUGCAAAUAUACGCCCUUAUAGUGACACGAGCGCCCCUAUUGCCUUAGGCGAAAGCUUAAAGGGGUGUUAAUAGCUUCCAUCCGCACGGGUAGACCCAAGAUAACCAACCCUUCAUCCCGUCCGGGAAUUCGAACUCGACGCUAAUUAGUUGCUAGCUUUUACUCUCUGUCUCGUAUCAGCUCAUUUCGGCCAUAAUAUCUCAUCGUCGUUUACAUCCUUGAACUGCAAAGAUCCCCGCACGCCACUCUGAGAAUGGAGGCCAGGAAGACCGUCCUGGUUACUGGCUGCAGUGAAGGGGGAAUCGGCGAGGCGCUUGCGAGGGAGUUUCAAGCCCGGGGCCUACACGUCUUCGCCACUGCGCGGUCCGAGUCUAAGAUGGCGUCUCUGCAUAAGCUCGCAAACGUCACGGUACUGCCGCUGGACGUCACCUGCACCGACUCCAUCGCCGCCGCCGUUACUGCAGUCUCUGCGAAGACAGGCGGGAAACUCGAUUACCUCGUCAACAAUGCGGGCACGCAGAUCGUGAUGCCAGUCCUCGACUUCGAUAUCCAGCAGGCCAAGGCCAUGUUUGACGUGAACCUGUGGGGGGUCCUCGCCAUGGUACAGGCGUUCAUGCCUCUCAUUCUGGCUACGAAGGGGACCAUCGUCAACCUGUCAUCCAUCGGCGCGCUAUCGUGGCUGCCUUAUAAAGCGGUUUACGGUAGUAGCAAAUCCGCCGUUGUUACUUUGAGCGAGGGUCUCCGCGUGGAGCUGAAGCCGUUCGGGGUCAAGGUAGCCACCGUUUUGGUGGGAGGCGUCGACACCAACAUAUUUGAAAACGCACCCGAGUACCAUCUCCCGCCUGGCUCGCUCUAUAAGCCUAUUGAGAAGGAGAUCGGCGAUUGCGCCACUGGACGGGACAUAUCUGAGGGCAUGCUGGGCAGACGAGAAGACUUUGCCUACUCGCUAGUUAAGGACAUUCUCGGCGGGGCCACUGGGAAAAUAUUCAGAGGCAACGCAGCGUCUAUGGUCAGAAUAUUAGCGGCCAUACUCCCAGACUUUGUCAUGGAUCGUGUUGUAGCGUGGAAUACAGGGCUAAAUCGUAUAUAACACGAGUGGGGGGUUGGGACGUAUUGAAGGUUUUAAUGGUGCCCGAGUCUUACUCCUGACCGGUUCAAUGCCCGUAAGUAGGCCGGGGCCACU